AUGGCACAAUUACGAUCCCCCUCAAUCCUAGAUCCGACCCGAGAACCUCAUUCUGUGUCAUUGAAAGUUCUUCGGCUUUCUCGACCAUCCCUCUCGACACAGCAGCCGCUUCCAGCAUCUUUAGAUACAACGCUGACAUCCGCUUCAUACGCCUAUCCCGCUUCUUAUGAUCAAGAUAAUGCCUUUAUCCUCUCUCCUCUACUUACCCUGCCGCCCGCAUUUGGCUCAGCCUACGUAGGCGAAACAUUUUCUUGUCUACUAAGCGCCAACAAUGAGAUUCUUCCCGAUUCACCUACAGAAAAAACCAUUCGUGCCGUACGUAUUGAAGCUGAAAUGAAAGUACCGGGUUCAGGAGACUCCGUUAAGCUACGGUCAGACUCGGAUACUAGAGGCUCGGAGAUAGCUUUACAGGAGGACUCUGACAGCACUCCACUCGGUAUAAAUCUAGAGCCGGGCCGUAGCCUCCAGAAAAUUGUGAAUUAUCAGCUAAAAGAUGAGGGGACACACGUUCUAGCCGUCACUAUCAACUACUCGGAAACAUCCGCGACUAGCGGUCGUUUACGCACGUUUCGGAAACUAUACCAAUUCGUAUGCAAGAAUUGUCUGGUUGUCAGAUCUAAGGCAAGUGUAUUGCCUAACUCUCUCAAUCUCCAGCAGAGUUGGACCUUAGAGGCUCAGCUUGAGAAUUGUGGAGACGAGACUAUCACUCUUGAUGCUAUCGAGCUCCAGCAACGCGAGGGAUUUACACACCAAAGCCUGAAUUGGGAUGCCCAAAUAGAAGGGCACUUAAUGGACCAGCCUAGGCUCAUGCCGGGCGACGUAUACCAAGUUUGCUUUUGUAUUCAUACCGCUACUGACGCCAUCCCGGAGCCAGUCGAUGGAAAGUUAAUCUUUGGGGCCCUUUGCUUAAGCUGGUCUGGUAGCAUGGGAAAGAGAGGCUCUCUAACAACUGACGCCCUGGGCAUUCGUGUUAAUUGA